AUGAGAAGUCUCUUUCCAUAUCCUCCCCAGUCCCUCCCUAAAGCUGAAGGAGCCAAUUGGGUGAGGCUGGAGUAUGGGCAAGCUCCUGGCAGUAGUAGGACCUGGUUUGAAAGAAAACUCCCAUAUGUUAAAAUUAAAAAUAUUACUUCUCUUUCUUUCAAACAUGUUUCCAAAUGGUAGUGGAAUGAUAUGAUAUUGGCAGCUGUAUGCAAAAUGAGUAAAAUUACUUAAUAUGUGUCUUUUCUUUUCAUAUAUAGUGUGUGUGUGUGUGUGUAUAUGUGUGUGUAUAUAUAUAUAUAUAUAUAUACACAUCUCUAUAUGUGUUUCUUUUCAAAUAGUUUAUAUUAAAAAUGUGUGUGUGUGUAUGUGUGUGUGUGUGUGUGUGUGUGUGUGUGUGUAUAUAUAUAUAUAUAUAGUUUUUUUUUAUUUUAUUUUUUUACAGUAAACCACAAAAGGGGGAACAAUAAAUAAGAAAAGGGGGAAAUUUUAUUCAUAGAUAUAAUCAAACAAUACAAUUGUUUUGCAGAAUUAGAUAACAAUUUAUACGUACAUAAUGGUAACAAUGAACUGCAUGUUAAUUAAGGUGAAAUAAUGCCUUUGAGUGGCUCUGGAGACAUUAUAAUAAACCUAAAUAUUUAUAAAUGUCUCCAGAAUCCCAAGACUAGUAUGUAAGGGUAACGUAAGGGUUUAUGUUUAGAGAUGCGUGUUAGGGUAAUGUAGGGGUUAAUGUUUAGAGUAGUGUGUUAGGGUAAUAUAGGGGUUAAUGUUUAGGGUAGUAGUGUGUUAGGGUAAUGUAGUGUGUUAGGAUAAUGUAGGGGUUAAUGUUUAGAGUAGUAGUGUGUUAGGGUAAUGUAGGGGUUAAUGUUUGGGGUAAUGUAGGGGUUAAGGGGAGAAAUUCAUGUUAGGGCAGCAUUGCCCAAAUUCUCUGCCUAACAUUAGUGGGAUUCACAGUCCCAGGCAGCAGCUGUUUUACGUGCCAUCUCUAAAAUGACAGGUGUCACUCAGCAGUGUAACUCCCAUUAAUCACGACAUGUAUGUUUUAUUAGAGCCCCCCAAGACUGCACAGGGCUGAUCCAUGAGAAUACCAGCACAUAUGAUGACCGCAUCCACGCAGUACGAGAUUUUAGAAUAUAAUGGAUAUUACAUACAUACAUUUUAUCAGCCAUGUUAUGUUCAGUUUUACAUGUGAAAGAUGUGCCACGGCAGUAUAAUUUCAUGAAUGUAUGACCUCUCAUUUCCUCGUCGUGUCUCUGUAAUCUUUAACACUCAGCACUUCUCCUCUAUGUGCUUUCUUUCUGCUCAGCAACCUGAUGGCCCUCUGUUUAUGCCCAUACGGGGUAGUUUCUCUCAACAGGCUGUGGCAUUAGGUUUCAUUUCAUGAAAUAGCAAUGCCCAAAUAACAAUAACAGUGCCAGAAAAGACCGUGUGUGUGUGUGUGUGUGUGUGUGUAUAUAUAUAUAUAUACAUAAUGAAAAGUUUAUAUCAUGUGAUUUUCAUUUUAUCAUAGCCCUGCCCAGCUCACCCUGGUACACGGAACACAAUGUGUUUGCUCUUACACACGUGAUCACAAAGUUACAAUCUCUUGGCAAGUAACCCCUUCAGUUUAAUGCACUUGUAACAACGCUUAAAACCCUUACUUAUUAGAUCACUUAAAAAAACACUCCAAACACUAUAACUACUACAGACCUCACAGUGCCUGGCACCGUCCCAUGGUAAGUAGUCAAACCAUUUUAGUAAGGUAUCACUUUUCCUGUCUCUCCUGGAUGCCCCUGGUUACAUCUCCUGCAUCUGGCCUUCUGCACGAUAAUCCACAUUGCUUUACAGAGCUAAGUAGGGACAUACAAGGCUUCACUCAUUGCCUGAUAGUGUCAGCUGAGUGCGCUCAGAAAUUGAGUGUGGUCCUGCAUUUGCCGUGAUUUAUUCUAUAGAGACAUCAGCUGCAUAUGCAGUAGACCAGAUAGGCUGCUUUGGCGCGGGGUAUCCAUGAGAGGUGUCAAAGCAUACUAAAAUCUUUAUUUCAUACUGCAGUCUGUAGUUGUUAUGGUGCUUGAAGUGUUCCUUUAAAUAAUUGCCCUGUUGUACAAAGCAGCAGAUUUGGCAAUGCCACCUGCCACAUUUGUUUCAAUAUAAUAUUCUCAAUUAUAUGAGUGGCUUUUACAAAGAAAAGCUAUGAUACCCAUCUUCCAGUGACCUGCAGAGUGUUAAAUUCGUACCUUUUCAAUUGCUUUUUGAAACAAUAGCUGCUUUGUCACUCUUCUAAUGGUUUAAAGUAGGUGCUUCUAAUUUUCCUUUUCAAGUUUUAAAUCCGAAUAGAGAACCCUUUAUGAUUCUCAACAAGUCUGCAGUCAAGGCUGUGUCCAGGAGGAAAAAAAAUAGCUUUAACUCUUCGAGUGCUUGAGUGUGGCCACAGUGAAAUAGAACACCUACAUUGUGCUCAAAUGGUUGACAAACGUAUGUGUGGUCAGAGAGGAGGGUUUUUACCAGUAACAAUAAGCAUUGAGUAAAGUCUUCAGGUGACAUCGAUUGCGGUAUUUGAAAGGUUUUGUUUCGUGAGCCAGAGAGCAAAUUGAAUUAAUAUUUUUUUAAAUUUUUUUCCCUCUCAGGAUCUGCCAGACCAGAAGGAAGACUCGCUGAGUUUAGGAGGAGUUGUGACGUUUAUCUGGAAUCGGUUGAAAUUAAAUGGCUGAUAAACAAAUCAGGUGAAUGAUUGCACGAACGUGACUGUGGAAUUCUGAAGGUUUCAUGAGUCUUUGCAGAGGGAAUGACUUGCAUCAUUAUCAUUCUCUCACCUUUCAGUAAAACAGAUCAAUUCCUAAAAAGAGCUAUUACUGCCAAUUUGGAGAGCCACCAAUCUUGCUAUUGCAUUACAUCGAAACCAUUAUUCCAGGUUAUGUUGAGGAGAGAACCUUGAUUAUAUUCAGGUAUGCUAUGCAUUCUGCAUUCUGUCGGGCAAGACUUCAAUGUUCCACCUGGCAGAAUUUGUGGAAUCCAUUCAUUCAUCUUGGCUUGGACCUCAAAAAACCUGCAGUGAUUAAUUACACUUAGAGUGUUCGUUUUUGCAUUAAGAUUAUUGGGACCACCCUUUGACAGUGUAAGAAAAAAAACCAAAAAACUUUAAACCAGUGCUAGUCCGUUCUUGCCACGGCAGUUGCUCACCAUCUUCUAAGAUCAUUAGUGAUGGUUAUUUUAUGCAGAUCCAAUGCUCCUCAUCGAGAAGCAUUAUCCCAGUGCUUCUUAUAGAGACGAAGGGUUAGCACUCAGUGCCCUCAUACUUGGCGCGAUGAGACCAAAUGUGACGACUUUCUGUUAUUAAAAAGUCUUCACUAUGAAGGGUUUCUGAUGUCUGACAGCUAAUAGAGGCAUUCUCAAUGACAAAUGUAAACAUUGCCAUUUCUCAAAAUUAGUAAUGUUUACAUUUGUCAGACUGCAGGGACAUGGUUUAUGCAAAACAAAAUCCACUAAAGUAAAUUCUUUAUUGCUAUAGGUCAAUAAAAAAACUAUUUUGGUUCUGUGAUACAACCAUAUAGAACCAGUUGGGAUAUACAUUAAAUCGAUCAUACAGUGUUUGGUGAUAAACUGAAUUAGCAGGUUUCUGAAUGUGAUGUGUCUCUGGCCACAUAUUCCAAGGUUCAUAAUUCUGUUUCCGUGUCAUUUGCCCUAGAUCGGUGUCAUCUUAUCCAUACACUGAAUGAGGAAAGACACUAAAUGGUUAACCAAGCCCAGAAAGGACAGAUUUCAGACGCUGUGUCAUUAAGUGCUGACACAAGUGGAAAAAAACACUGCAAAUAGUGAAAAUGUCACUUGUUUCUUGUCGAGUUAAAUUGGUUAAAGCUGCUAAGAUUGAACUUUGAAAAACAGGCAGAUCUGUACCAUGUGUGCAUGAUAGUAUGUGUGUGUGUGUUUUCUGUGUGUGUAUAGACACACACACACACACACACACAGAAAGACACACAGUGUUUGGAAUGUGAGAUUUCAUUGGUUUCUAGGGAUGUUUUAACUGAGCAAUGCUAUAAGUAAUAGUUACAAAGAUACAUAUAUAAACAUAUACACAGAACAAAUAUUUGAACAGUGACAGUUGUUAUGGCUCUGGUUUUAUUGUAGAUACUUAGAAGUAGUUCCUUUCAGACAUUGCUAGAACAGUUUAUGGUUUCUGAGCUCUGUACAAGAAAGCCGCCUCAGUUUUUUUUUCUUGGCAUACUGUGGAAUAGAAAGAAAUAGUGUAUGUAACAGAUAACAUCAGUAUCUUAUUGUGAGAAACCUCUGGGAGUGGUUCGUGCAAAGUCAGAGUCCAAUCAUUUACUGCUUUUUCUUUCACCACCAUUCUUUACGUACAGCGGACUCACGUUGGCCUAUUCACUAAACACCGAAUUCUAGUGAAAAGAAAUCUAAAUGCCAAAAUUCAGACUAAAAUAGCCAACCUGGGAGAUAUAUUCAAUAUCUGUGGCUAUUGCCUAACAUUUGGAAAUCGGUUUAGUGUGUGAUCUAUAAUUUGCUGGUGAAUAAAUCCUACGACACAACACUAAGAUAAAAUAAGCCAAGGAAAAAUGUCAAUGAAUAAUUAAAGCUCUCACGAGUAAGUCCAAUAAAAUGUGCAUGAGGUCUAAGAGUAUGGACACUUUGUAGCCCGGAACGCUGCGUAUUGGUUAGGUUUCCCGUAUUUGCUAUAUUUCCUUCUAACUUUUGAUUACGCUAUCUGCUUAUAUUGAGUUUGCUGCUGAGCUCAUUUAAAAAAAAUAAUUUUUACCACGACAUCAGCUGCUCAAAGAGAAAUUGGUCGGUAAGAUUAUGUUUAAUUUUGCGGUGGCUGUUCUGGUCAUAAUUGGUAUUUAAAACGCAGAAUAUCAAAAUAUACAACACACUCAUCAUCUGUUCAGCGUUCUGUCGUUGUGAACUGAUAAGCUACAUUAAUAAGUCCAAAACCCCAUUAUAUCUCUUGCGUACAUUCUUACUAAUUAUAGUGCUAUUUUUCGGUUUACAGUUUGCCUGCCAAACUUCUAAAUGGAGGAAUAGCUGGACUGAUUGGUGUGACCUGUGUUUUUCCUAUUGACUUGGCCAAGACUCGACUACAAAACCAGCAAAAUGGCCAGCGUAUGUACAGCAGCAUGUAAGUAACGUCACUGAGGGAUUGGGUUGCUUGGUCAGUCACAUCUAGUCUAGUUUUUGUACAAUAUUCCUUAAACGAUUAGCAAUCAUGCAACACUCCAGCUGUUUUCGAACAGCUGUAUCCAGUAACUAACAACAAAGAGUCUCAAGGUGUGGGUUCUGCCAACCUCCUUGAAGUGCCAAGCAGCAGAAAUGGAAAGCAUGAUAAGUAAUUAAUCAGAUAAGGUCAUGCAAUUUCCAGUGCCCAAAGAACCUUCAGCAACCUUGAUAUGGAGGGAAGGUGAUGUGGUAUUUGUUAAUGGUCGGUGAAGACUGUAUUUGAUUCACUGUGUAGAGUGCUGAGAAUUUUUGCUCUAGUGCCACUCCUUGCCUUUUCUUAUAUUAAUUUCAAUAGCAAGCCAUCUGGGAGCGCUAUGCCUACACGGCAGCACGGAACAUUGACAGUCUUUGUAAUAAAAUUGUAACGGUUAGUAGUAUUAAAAUGUAUCUUUUAAUACAACGGUCUCCAAGUUUUGUGAGUCUUGGCAGCCUUACUACCAUGAAUCAUGAAACUCAGUAUAUGGGAGAUAUUACUUGUGAGGAUUGUUCUGUGAUGACCUUUGUCAAACUGUGUAGAUUAUUUUUUAACACUUUAUCAUAAUUCUUCCUGCUUAUCACUCCACAGCUGCGUAAAUCCUGGACGCAGUCCAAUCACAUUUUAAGAACAAAUGUUGUUUAUGAAUGUUCUCACCUUCCUCUCUCUCCCUUGCUGACCUCUACAAUGUCCUUGAAAUUAGCAACGGGAAGUCAUCUGAUGUUCUGACCACACUAAGCACAACAAUUGAUGCUGAGUCUGCAGAGAGUCAUGAUAAUGUAGCAAAUGCUUGAGACUUGGUUACAGUGCAAAUACAAUUUAACCCUAUUACUUGGGCCAGUGCCUAUGGAAAAAAAGCAUGGUAAAGAGCAUUAAACUGGUAAUGUAGCAUAAAAAACAAGAAUAUGCAUGGUUCUGUCAGGUUAUGUUAAAUCCGUUAUCCUUGCAGAAUAAGAAAAAAAAUUAUUAUAAAAAUUAUUAUUUACCGUGAAUAAGGUAAGCACUGAACAAAAUAGAGCACCCAAAACAGCUGCUGCCCAAAGAACAUAGCUGAGAUUAAUCAGCCAAGAGGUUAGACUAAAAUGUUCUUUAACGCUUUUUCUCUCCCAAUCUGGAGGAAAGGGCAAGGCAACAAAAUCUCCGCAGUUGUGAGUAACUGUUAAGGCCUUGCUAGUAGCUUAAGACUUCAAAUUGUAAGCGCUGUGAGCAUCACUUCUCUCUAAAUUAACAUGGUUAUUCAAUAAAAUAGAAUUGUCAGAAAUGCAAAGUGGAUUUCAAACUUAAGGAUAAAUUGCCAAACUGGAAGCAUGCAUUAUGACAAUAAUUACAUAUAUUUUUUUAAUUUAUUUUCUUUUUAGGUCAGAUUGCCUCAUUAAGACAAUCCGUUCCGAAGGAUACUUUGGCAUGUACAGAGGUGAGUAAAGAACAAACGUGUAUUUGGAGAUAUAGAUUCUUAAAAAUAAAAUGGUGACCUAUGCAGUGUUUAUACAAGUACAAUAUGGACAAUGUUAAAAAGUAGUAUUAUAAUGCAACACAUGCAAAAACACAUUUUUUCUUCCAAGAAAAGGAAAACUGAUUUAAAAAAAAAAAAAAAACUUUAACCAUGUGUAUUCUACAGUAUAGCUAUAUGCCUGUACAUAUCCAGCUAAAGAACUAAAUUAUUAUUUUUUGCAACUCCCAUGCAGGUGCGGCGGUCAAUUUAACCCUUGUUACACCAGAAAAGGCCAUUAAAUUAGCUGCAAAUGAUUUUUUCAGGCAGUUCUUGUCCAAAGAUGGGUAAGUGUUAAAAGAAUCUAUGUACAACACAACUUAAUUAAUUAUGAAAUACAUUGUCUUUACAUCUUCUACCUAAAGCAAUUCAAUGGGAAGGUUUUGUGGUGUUUGCGUGUGUAUGUGUACGCACCCACACAUAAAAUAGGUGAUGUAGACACACUGACACGUGAUGGUUAACAUAUGAUUCUGCAUAUACAAAGUGACACUCUAAGCACUAUAUACAUUGCAGUAACAGAUAUCCAUGUCUAAUGAGGUUUCCGGACACCCGCACACCAUGUGUAAUAUCCCGGAAAUCAUACAUACAAUCUGACAUUCAAUGUGUCAGAUUGUGUGUGCUUGAUUUCCAGGAUAUUACACAUUAUAAAUGACCUAUACUCAUUACCCACCUUAUGGGUAUUGAUCCUGAAUAGGAGCCCGGUCUGGGGCCCAGCCCUUUAACAGCCUGACCAACCCCCUGCAGUAUAUGCCAGCCGUGAGGAAGUGGUAUGCUGUCAUUUCCUCCCAGCUGAAAAAAAACAGCCGCAUGGGAGGAAGGAGAAGGAGGCAGCAGCUGAAGGAGGAAGCUGGAGGCGGCACCAGAGCAGGCAGUAGGGAGAGGAUGGAGUGAGCUGCUCCUGCUGCAUGUUCACUCCCUACAGCCUCAGCCCAGACAACAAAAGGUAAGCUAACAGGUGGCUGCAGUGUAUGUCAGAUUGUGUGUGUGUCAGAUUGUGUGUGUGUGUGUGUAUAUGUAAUAGUGUGUGUAUCCGAGUGUCUUCGCCAGUGUAUGUACAGGUGUGUUUGUAUCUGUGUGCAUGUGUCAAUGUGUUUAUCUAUGUAUGUGUAUAUGUGCCAGUGUGGGUAUCUGAGUGUAUUUGCCUGUGUAUGUACAUGUGUGUAUGUGUCAAUGUGUAUGUAUGUGUAUAUGUGCCAGUGUGGGUAUGUGUGGUGUUUUGGUAUCUGUGUGUAUAUGUGUGUGUCAAGGUGUGUGCAUGUGUCCGUAUGUUAAUAGUGUGUGUAAGUAGUUGUCAUAUGCUUUGUGUAACUGGGUUUGGGGGCCGCAUGUGGGGGCGUGCAUGGGGGGUGCAGCCACCUCCCUGAAAUGAGUUUUGGCAUGUUGGGAUUUCUGCAGUAAGCUGUAGUGGUUAUACUGCUUACAAGGUUAUUUACCAAAAUGUGAAUUCAUAGAGAAUUUCAAAUUGAGGACAAGAGCAGCCGAACUGAAAGCAGAGCCGAAUUAGAGUAUUUUCCAGUUUUGACCUUUUAAUUUCUCACUUUAUUGAGUAACCCUGUUAGUGUCUCUUUAAAGAAUCAGAAGGCGAUAAGAAUAGUUAUGAAUAAUGAUCAGGCAUACAGCUAACCCCAUAAAAAAUAUAAUAAUAAGAAUAGCUAUCCUAUGUUUCCCUUAAAGGGAAACUCCAGUGCCAGGAAAACAAUCCGUUUUCCUGGCACUGCAGGUCCCCUCUCCCUCCCACCUCCCAACUCCGGUUGCUGAAGGGGUGAAAACCCCUUUACUAACUUACCAGAGGCAGCGACAAUGUCCCACGUCGCUGCUUCUUCCUCCGCCACUGCUCCUCCCAAUGAUUGCGUCGGCCGGUGGGCGAGACUGAUCCCACCCACCGGCCGGGGAGCCCUAAUGCACAUGCGCGGCAAUGUCGUGCAUGCGCAUUAGAGCUCCCCAUAGAAAAGCAUUGAAAAAUGCUUUCCUAUGGGGAAAUGAGCCACGCUGGAGUUCAUCACACAGCAUGAGGACGUCCAGUGACGCUCUAGCACAGAUCUUCUGUGCUAUAGAGCAGGAAGUGCCCUCUAGUGGCUGUCUAGUAGACAGCCACUAGAGGUGGAGUUAACCCUGCAAGGUAAUUAUUGCAGUUUAUAAAAAACUGCAAUAAUUACACUUGCAGGGUUAAGAGUAGUGGGAGUUGGCACCCAGACCACUCCAAUGGGCAGAAGUGGUCUGGGUGCCUGGAGUGUCCCUUUAAGGUACAGCUAUAAUUAUUAUAUUAUUGAUAGCUCCCUUCAAUCAUGACUUUAUGUAUAUCUUAACCCUGUGAGACUGUGUAUGUCAUAGUGCACAGUUGCAUAUCAUACGUAUCGAGGAAAUGUAUUUGCGAAGUUAAGAUGGAACUGGAGAGAUGUAUAGAAAGCAUAGAAGCAUAUCCAAUAGAAAUGUGCUCAUAUAUAGUAAGUGUCGUGGAAUACAGCUUUAAAUAUGUAGAAAAUACAUCUAACAGGGUUAUUCAGUAAAGUAAAAAUUAAAGGUGAAUUCAAAGUAAAUUUCCAAUCUAAGGUCUAAAUGCAAAAUAUUCUCGAAAUCACAGAAGCUUUCAUUUCGGAUAUUCUGGAAUUAAAUUUGAAAUUCACGUAUAAUUCUCAUUUUGGUAAAAUACACUGUUAGUUUUCUUUAUUCCUCCUCCACAUUAAGCACUUGUAGGUUUAAUAGAGAACUGUUACUUAUCUGUAAUUACACUGUGGAAUAAAAUUGAUUAACCAUAACUUGUGUUGUAGGUGAAUUUCAAUGUUAUUUAAUAGUGUAAUUCCAUAUGAUGCUCAGUUUACAUAAAAAUGUAUAUUAAAUAUAUAGAAAUGUACAUUCCAAUCCAGUUCAGUCUUGGCACAGGCAGGGCACACAAUGCAUUUUACAAUGUUGCUGUUUCUACUUUUCUACUCCUAUACUCUGUAUACAAUCUCUGUUAUGACUGACAGUUGUAAAUGACAUAGCUUAAAAUAAUGAUUGACUGGGAGCCAAGAUGGAUGCCCUCUGUUCUAUGAUAUAAGUAAAUAAAUGUGUGGAUUUCUGAAUUUAAUUUAACGUUUUUAAGACCUGGAAAAAAAACACGUUAAAAAUGAGGCAUAACAAAACAUAAUAUUAAAGGGACACUAUAGUCACCAGAACAACUACAGCUUAUUGUAUUUGUUCUGAUGAGUAUAAUCAUUCCCUUCAGGCUUUUUGCUGUAAACAUGGUCUUUUCAGAGAAAAUGCAGUGUUUACAUUACAGCCUAGUGAUAACUCCACUGGCCACUCCUCAGAUGGCUACUAGAGGUGCUUCCCGGGGCAGUGCUGCACACUGUGCAGCAGUAAAUUUUACUUUUGUUUAUGUUCAGUAGUUUAACCUACACUUUAAUAAGAGUUUUAACCCUGCACAAAUAUUCUAGAUUUGGUCACCGCAUGAUAUUUACAUAUUGUAUCUACAUAUCUCUAUUUUCUCAUUGUCAACGAUGUAUACAAACUGUGGCCCAAAAUAUAUAUUCUCUGCACAUGUGCACUCUUUAUUAUGUGAGCAAGAAACAACAAAAAAUACAGGGUGCACUGGGUGGAAUAAAUAAGGAAUAAAUAAUACAAAUAUUAAAUAAUAUUUACAAAGAGAAAGUCUCUGAAAAUACAGGGUGGGUCUUGAUAAGGUCUUCCUAAAUUCUUGAUACGUUCCUUAGUAGUGGAUAUGAAAAACAAAAUUGAACAAAGAAAGACCAAUAGUGCAAAACUGUAUAGGAUGGUGUCACGGACAACACCGAGAGAGAAAAAUGCCAACUCACGAUCAAUAGAGCUAUGCCCAGCUCUAGGUAAAACAGCAUACAGUGGUAUUUGAAACUCCCCACAUGUAGGAUAUAGCUGGACAAUAGAUAAUUCUUCAAGGCUUUGUAUAACGACUCAAAAACAAAAAGAGAAACAGACCAAUGGUACAAUAGCGUAUGGCACCUGCAGCUACAGACAAAUACUGAAGUCCUAAGAGUGCUAACUUACAGUAAAAAGAGCUAUAACCAGCUCUAAGUAAAACAGCAUACAGUGGUAUUUAAACUCCCCACAUGUAGGAUAUCCUUCUGGUGAUGUAUGGAGCUUUUUUGAAAAAGCCUAUUUUGGGCGAAACGUGUUGUGUUAUUUAUUACCUUAUUAUAAUAAAAUUAUUUUUAGACUAUCCAUAUCCCUAUGGUCAGUUCUUCUACUUUUAUAUUUUGCUACUUUUAUACUGGCUUUUUUUUUACUGUUUUAAAAAGAUCCAGUACUACAAAGAAAUCCUUAGGUGGGGAUCAUUCCACUCACGCCUGGUUUAUAGAGCAGUGUGGCUGCUCUAUACAUUGUAAGUACGUUUCAUUUGACUUUUUAGCACCGUUUUAUCUACUGAGAACACUAUGGGCUCUCUUUUGUGCUUUUGUCUUUCAUAAAUCCUGCACUCCAUACAUCACCAGAAGGAUGUCCUACAUGUGGGGAGUUUAAAUACCACUGUAUGCUGUUUUACUUAGAGCUGGUUAUAGCUCUUUUUACUGUAAGUUUUGGCAAGGAUUGCUGAUGACUCACAAAAAAUCAGAUUAGAUGACGUUCGUCAUCACUCAAAAAACUCUGCAACAGAUGACAAAAAAAGACAAAGCUACCAAAGUGGAAACUGAUUAAAUAUGCAUGCUGGGCCUUUACUAGCAAUACUUAAAGUGAACUUGUUGUGACCAUCUCACUAGUAGGGUUAUUCACUAUAGUCCUAAUAUCCCUGUAUCAAAUGGGGGUAAAACCAUCCACUGCUGUACGGGGCCAUUCUGACAGCAAAAUCCAAACAUCAUUCACACUUUUUACCAAUGUUGGCAUUUGCUGAGCAUACUCGGAACGAACUUGAAUUUGGUCCCGAUUUAAUUUUCAUUUUAAAAAUCUGAACUGUUGAUUGCUAUUGCUAGCACCAGCAGGUAAAUAGUUAAACAAUCCUCUGGUUCCAGGGUUAAGCAUACAGCGGCUGGAUGACACUUGUUAGCCAGUCUCAACAAUGUGAAAUGAGUUAAACAAACAAAUUUAAAAAAAAGCCUAUGGGGGUUAAUAGUAUGCCCACACCUGCCAUGACGCUGAGGAUGGUGGGGCAUAUCUACUAAACAGUGAUCAGCCAGUGGUUAUCCAGCAUUAUCCCACCCCUGAUAGACAGGAUUAAAAUUACAGUGGGCGCACAGCAUGGACGAGUAAGAUGAACAGCAGGAGUGCAUGAGAUAUAAGACUCUCAACAAAUAGUGAAAAAAAAAAAAGGCAAGACUGAAAAGGAGGAGGGAGGAAGACAGAAGUAUGAAAUGUUAACGCAAGAUGAGAAAGCAUACUUUCAUUUUGUGAUGUGAGCGAGGCCUGUCAUUGUUCCUAGUGUUUUGCUGUGUAAGCCAGAAAUAGUAUCAAGCUCUCACUGUGCUGAGGAAGUGGUCACUUGGAACUGUUUCGUUGGAGAGGAACAAGAAGUUAACCCAUUCCUUACUAAUUUGUAAGCUGGCAAAUUGGGGCCAUCCAACCCCCUCUUUUUGUAGCAAAAUUUUCCAUCAGUUGUACUGCCAGCCUCAUUCAUUAUACUGACCAAUUACAUGCCUCCAGUCACUGCAGGACUAGAAGUCCCAUAAUCCAAACUAAUGAUCGUUGAGAGUGAUUAGAGUUGCAGUCGGACAGUUUGCACAGUAUCUUCUCAGCUGUUAAACAGAAACCUUUCAGUUACAUCAUCACACGCUGCUUUUUUUUAACAUCUAAAGUGAAUAUUGUCUUAACAAAAAACUGCUUUCCUCCCCCUUAUUGCAGUUUCUCCGUUAUUUCAGAUGAAACAGCUGGGGAUGAGAAACUAAACUGAAAAGCAUGUACAAUUUAAAAAGCAUUGGUAGCUUGCAGGAAUUCUGUUGAAUAAAAUGAGUUUGCCACCUACUGUUCAUGAUGAGCAACACAACUGUUACGAUACACAAAUGUUUAACGCUGUGUGAAACAGGGGACAUGGUUUAUAUUAUUAUUUUAUUAUUUCUUUAGCUCCAUCAGAUUCCGUAGCGCUGUACAAUGGGUGGACUAACAGAUAUAUAAUUGUAACCAGACAACUGGAUGUAUAGGAACAGUGGGGGUGGAGGGCCCUGCUCCAUGAGCUUACAUUCUAUUCUGAUUAGGAAGUUGCACAAAGAGAGCCUAUAUAUAUUAAUAGAAUAUUUAUAAAAUAUCAUUAACAUUUUUAACAGAUGGAAAAAAAAGAGCAGAUCCUUGCUCAUGAUGUUAUUUUCACAAUAUGACUGAAUUAUCGUGAACCUGUCUACCCAAUUUUUAAAAGGCCACUCACCAUCUCAAUCAGGCAUUUAGAAUGCUCAACAAUAUACAAACUGUGUGCACACUAACCUUAAAGGGACACUCCAGGCACCCACACCACUUCUGCCCAUUGGAGCGGUCUGGGUGCCAACUCCCACUACUCUUAACCCUGCAACUGUAAUUAUUGCAGUUUUUUAUAAACACUAGAGGGCACUUCCUGGUUGCUAGCACAUGAAACCUGUGCUAGAGUGUCGCUGGACGUCCUCACGCUGUGUGAGGACCUCCAGCGUCGCUCAUUUCCCCCAUAGGAAAGCAUUGAAAUGCAUUUUCAAUGCUUUCCUAUGGGGAGUGCUAAUGCGCAUGCGCAUUAGGUCUCCCCGGCUGGUAGGCGGGAUAAGUCUCGCCCACCGGCCGACGCAGUCAGAAGGAGGAGCGGCGCGGAGGAAGAAGCAGUGACGUGUGACAUCGUCGCUGCCUCAGGUAAGUGACUGAAGGGAUUUUCACCCCUUCAGCAACCGGGGAUUGGGGGGUGGGAGGGAGAGGAAACCUGCAGUGCUAGGAAAACUGAUUGUUUUCCUGGCACUGGAGUUUCCCUUUAACACAACUGCAUCCACACCAAGUGAAACAAUAUACAAAAAAGAAUAAUAGAAUAGUUUUUGUUGCUGUCCAAUCACAGACUUCCCAAUGCAGCUCGAGAAGUCUUUGCAAGGCAGGUGCUUUGAGCAAUUGCCUACCUUUUGAGUUUAGUUCCACUGAGCUAACCAAGCCUGAAAGUAAGAGGGCCUGUAUGAUUGACUGUAAUGGGGGGUGUAACCAGGUUAAUUUUAUAAAUGUCCCAAAUUCCAUUGAAAUCUACACUUUUUGCCAAAAAAAAAGAAAAUAUAGGACACAGUAAGCUAAAGGGAUUUAGGGCUCCGGAGUAUCCAUUUAACAUAUUUAUUGCACUUCCCUUAAUACAAAGCUUAACAGUGUGGCCCAAAUGUCAGUGUCCACUUUCCUACGCGUUUUUGUCAAACUGUAGCGGCUUUCUCAGAGGAUUUUGUAUACAGUGUAACAUGUAGUGAUACAUUAAAAUGGGUGCUCAGUUCCAGGCAGCCUGAUACCAAUUUUGCCCAACUUUUGUGUGCAGCAUGCACACCCCACGCGCUCAGCCUUGGCUGAGCUCUCUCUUUCCUCCCUAGUGAGUGCUGAGCCAUGCACCAUGCAUGCUUCGACAAUGGUGCUAUCGAUUGGUGCACACAGCCCAGUUCACUAAGCAGUUGCACUGCAGGAUUGUCUACAGUCUAUGGAGCAGUUCCAGUCAUCAGAUUAAUGGAAUUGCUGCGGUGGGAUAAACUAUAGGUGACAUUCACGCACGCUGGGCAGGGGUUUACAGGACAAAAAAAGACCCCAGUGUUUAGAAUGAGACAUUUCUUACUCGAGUGUCUCUUUCUGGCGAGUAGAGGUUUGCCUGAAGUUGCGGAGAGACCCACCUUUGCAUAGACCUUUAAAAUGUAUCUAGUUGCAAUGCAUUAAAAAUAGACGGUCUUUUGUCCAGAUACAUUGUCAUUAAUGCUUUCUGUGCACACGCAACAUAUACAUAAGCAAAACUGCCUAAAAGGGGUACUCCAGCACCCAAACGGCAGGUGCAAUGCGAGGGUUAGUUUAGUUAGUUGUGUUUAGCGAAUUAUUUUUAUUCGAUUUUUUUUUUUUUUUUUUUUUAAACAUAAUUUCCCACACUUUAUUAUCCCAUCCCAGCAUGCAGUGUUCUCCAAAAAAUACUGCUGUGCAUGCAAAUUACAUCAUAAUCCAGUUCAGUCAAGGCACAGCUAGGGCACACAUUGUUUUGGAGACGGCAUUGCUUCUGUUACUCCUCGUCUGUUUAUGCUCCCUUUUUUCUGAUUGACUGACUGGUACAGCAAUGGCUGACAGGAAGCCGCCAUCUGUUCAGGGAUAGCGCAGUGGGGAUUAAUUUAUUUUUCAGACUUCACAAACACAUAUUUGUUAGAUAUAGGGAAUAAAUAUAAUAAACAUCUUGGAAGUGACAACAUUUUGCACAAUAUUACCUAUAGAAACAGACAGACAGACAAGUAUUUGCGUUCGGCUGUAUUUUACUGCCUAUAAUUGCCCCCUUCCUCGUGUAACAUAUUCAUACAAGCAUGGAUGCCUCCUACUCCCUCUCCUUUGAUGUUCCUGUUUUUUGCUUGUAUUUUAUUUAAUUCAUCUGGCAUAUGCUGUGAUCUAACAAUCUCCCCGAUGCGUAGAAUGAUGAAUUUGCUGUGAGAGAAUGUGAACAGCAGGCUUCUAUUAUUAACGUGGUGCACAGACGUACUGCAUGCAGGGAGUGUCAGAUGGACAGAAUGGGCCUGGAAAGCAUUUGAUCAUGUACUCUGUAUGUGUUCGGGUACACAUCAAAUGAAGAAAAAAGCAAUAUUUAAAGGGAAUAUAAAACGCACACAAACUGUACAGAGGACGGUUGCAAUCUACAAUCUGAAAGAAAAAAAAAUCACAAUAUAAAAGAACAAUAUGUAUGUUAAUUUGUGUAGUUUCAUUUGAGUGAAAAGCAGUGAUAAUUUAUACAGUGAUAUAACUAUAGGUGGCUCUGUAACCUCUCGCAGUAAAUAAGUGUGAUAUACCAUUCCUAGUUAGUAAGUGUGAAUUAACAGGAGAAAAUUACAUUUUUUCAUUACCAUCCACACAAAAGAAGUGAAUGCAAAAGAGGCAUAGGAUAUAUUUAGCCAUUUCAUUUACCAGUCUAUGAAUACGUGCAAAGCACAAAACGCGUUGGACUGAAUGAAGCAUGCUUUUUACUUUCUGGUGUUUUUGCCUACACAAUGGCUGUAAAUAAAUGCUAGAAAAAUAUUUUAAUGCUGAUUUAUUUAUUUAUAUAUUUAUUAUGAAGUGCUUGAAUUCCUACAAAGUCCAUGGAUUUUUUUCCCAUUUCGUUUACUACCACAGAAAAUGAAGGAAGAUCUUGCUAGACUCUAACCUAUUCCUCCCACAAAAGUAUAUAACAGGAAUGUGGGCUGGGGCCGAGGGGGGUUUAUCGUAAAUAAAAGCUGACCCUCAAAACAGUUCCAAUUCUUGGCAGCUAAAGGAACACUCUAACGUUUAAAACAAUUCUUUUAUUUUUAAAGUUAAAUAUGUAUUUUUACUACUUUAGCAUUUGCCCUCCACCAUCAUUUAAAUGUAUAUAAAAAAAAAUUAUCGUGUAAAAAAAAAAAAAAAGUCACUAAAGGUAAUCCAGUGCAGGGAUGGUCUAUUUCCAGCAAUCACUCUGCUUUUUCUGAGGUCAUAAACACAUCAUGGGAAAUCUAGGAAAUAUAGUUCAUGGAAUGCCAAACUAAACCAUCACUGAUCUAAUACAACCUUUAGAAUACCUGGACUAUAUAAAUAUCUAAACACGCAUCCACCUUUUCGUGAGUUAUAUCUUUAAACCACGUCUGGUUGCUGUCUACUUGCAGGUGGAUGUUAAAGUGAUUCAGCUGUCGGACGGCGUUAUCUCAUUCUCAGAUUGCUUGCUUUUCAUGGUCUCUUAGAGGAAUCACGCUUCAGUAGAUCAGCAAUAUAAAUGUGUUUCAUGUCAGUACCACGUUAUUAAGAUCUUGAUAAAGUCAUCAGAGGUCAGAACGCAUUGAUGAUAUCUGUAGUGUAUUGUUAACCUAACUGCUGUUUGUUGAGAGAGCUAAAAAGGUAUAUCGUGUGCCUUCUCAAUUUCAACAUAAUUACAUUGAGAGAUCUUUUUUUUUUAAUGCGUAUGCCAGUGUCAUACGCAUUACGCUGUGCGUUCAAAUUCUUAUUGGCAGGGCUGAUGUAAAAAUUACAACGGUAUUUCUACUUUGUGAACAACUUAAAGAGGUACUAUCAUGUCCCCAAUUUUAGCACAACCAAAUGGCUAAAUAAAAUGUAGUUAUUGGAUGUGCCAAAUAUAAAAAAACAAAAACAAAAAAAACCCAUUUUUUUUUUUAUAGAUUUGUUUUUAUUUAAGUUAUCAUCUUUUACCCGGCAACACGAGGCAAACUAUGUAAAUUAAUUAACUCUUGUAGUGCUGUGCUUACGGCCUACGUACGUGUACAGCUUUUCUGGAGAAAAUGCUAAGUGGGCAUGUACAGAAUGUCUCGAUUUAGGUGCCCAAGCACACACGAUCAUACCCCAGGCAUCAUGGGUCAGUGAAAAUAAUUCUCUAAGCCAAACUUUGGCUGCUUUGGAACUCUGAUUUCCCACUGUUUGAAAACGUAGAUAAUAUUAAUGUGUUAAUGACUCCGCGAUUAUAAUGGGCACAUGCUGUUCAUAGGCAGUCUCAGUCUGCCUCCUAGGAUUAACCUCUGCAGAGGCAAUUGUAAUUAUAGUUUACGUUAAACAUUAAUUGUAUUUUCCCAUGUGUUUCCAAUAUUUUGUCCACCCCUGUUGUGUAUCUAGGUAUGCAAAUUAUUAUAAUAUUGUUUGUGUUUAGAACUCUUUUGUUAAGUGGGAUUUCUGUCAUAUUUUACAAUGUGAACACAGCAGAUUUAAAAAAUGUGGACUGCUUUUUGUUUCCCUGGAUGACCAUAUGAUAAUGGUGUCCGUCUUCUUGGUAGGAAGAAGUUAACACUGAUUAAAGAAAUGCUGGCUGGAUGUGGCGCUGGGACCUGCCAGGUCAUUGUUACUACGCCAAUGGAAAUGCUGAAAAUCCAACUGCAAGAUGCCGGGAGACUGGGUAAUAUAUGCAUUUUAGACAAAGGCCAGUGACUUGUCAUGCAUGAUCUAGUGACUAGAAUAAUUUAGCAUGAGGAGCUUAUUAUUUCCUACUUUGGCUACCAUACCGAAAUUACAAUCUCCAUCAGCCCUACCACAUUCCAUUUAAAAUGCAGAGAAAUAGUUUGAUUAUUAGAAAGUCAUCCAUUACUAGUUUCUCUGAAAGUUUGUAUGCCAAUUGGCUAGAAUUAUUAGAAAAGUAACUCAAACUUCACAUCUCCCGGAUGCACAUGUUCUCUUAGUCCAGGUAACACUGAAAGGCAGGGGAUCCAUUUUGCUAAGUUGACAUUCUACCAGAGUCUAAUGACAGAACACAUGUCUUUCUUCAUAGGUGAAACCCAUAUGUACAUUCUAGCAGACCUGGUACAAUGAGGAUCACUAUUCUUGUGAAAACUGUUAACACUAAGCUUGCACCAAUCCAGUGCAGUGUCUAUACAAACUACCAAAUGGUCAUACACGUACUGUAUCUUCCAGUGUUGGGUAGAUUUGUUCAUGCCGCCAGAAAUGAGCUGCUUGCCCUGUAUAUGGUAGAAUAGGUAGUUAAGACAGUGUUGUGUACGGGUGAACAUUGCCCCCCAGCCCGUGAUCUCCACUUCGUGUAUAAAUGAUUAAUUCUCUCCUUUCUCACGAUUGCGACCCAUUCCUUUUUGGAAUUUUUAAUUUUGUGUCUUGCUCUGACCUUCUCUCACCUUCCCUCCAAAUGUUUAUACUCUUGAUUAAAAAGUACUUUUUCAAUGAGCCUAAACAAUACAGAUUCGUAGCCUUUAACUUAUUGAAAUUGCCACAAAAUUUAAAGUGGGAGAAAUAUCUGAAAAUACUACAAUGAGCUCAAAGUGGGACAGUCUGUGAAAAAAACAGUGAAACGAGUAGGAACACGCCAUUGGUGACGCCUCCCAUUUUCCAUAUUUCCACCACUUGUCAAAAUAUGGUAUUUUAUUCCACCUCUUAACAAAUAACACAACAAAUACAUUCACAUUUUGUACUUUCAGUCUCCACUCCAUUAUGCCCAUGACAUUCUCAUGCACAUGACUACUUCACAUGUGACUUCUGAGUACUAAUCACUAUCUUCUCAUCCCCGGUCUCUAUUAGAGCUGCACAUUGUAUAUCUUUUGUCUAGUCUCCAUUAUUGAGUAAACUUCCAUCUGUAGCUGAAUUUGAUUUAUUUCAGUAACCGUACCUGGGUGCUUGUUUUGUGUUAGCUUAAUAAUACUGUAUUUUAUAAUCAUGGUGUAUCAGAGUAUUACGCUCUGUUUUGACAGCCGCUCAGAGGAAGCUGAUGGCAGCCCAGGCAAGUGCAAACGGUGUGGCGGAGUCCAUCCCAGCAAGAGCCACAGCUAUUCAAAUUUCCCGGGAGCUGCUGCGGAGCAAAGGGAUAGCUGGGUUGUACAAGGGCCUGGGGGCCACGCUGCUAAGGUAAGGGAAUAGAGGCACAACUUUAAAAUAAAUAACUUACUUAUGACAAAUAAAGAGAGUGAUUGAUGAUAAUAUUUCCAUUUAACUUUAAUGUAAUAUUACGUGUCUUUUUUUUCUUUUUUUUUCUCUUUUCUUGGAGUGUGUACCUCCAGUGGCAAUCCUUUUUGUAUAUCUUCAAACAAAAUCAUACCUAAUGUCUUAAAAACUAGAAAUACCUUUCUCAACAUUUACCAGCAAUUUGGUUAGCUUGAUGUAUAGACAAAAUUCAGAGAACACAAAAAAUACCCGUAAUAGAUUAAGUGUUUUGCUCCUAACAGAUGUGUAGAACACAUUUCCUUACUGUAUUAAUUUGUCUUUUUAAACUGUUUCUUUUUUUCUGUACCUCAUUGCUCUCUGUAUCUCUCGUCUAACAGGGAUGUCCCAUUCUCCAUUAUAUAUUUCCCUCUCUUUGCCAACUUGAACAAGCUGGGGCAGAAGACGCCAGAUGAGAAGUCUCCAUUCUUUGUUUCUUUCCUUGCUGGCUGUGCAGCUGGAAGUAUUGCCGCCGUUGCCGUCAACCCAUGUGAUGGUAAGCCCAAAAUUGAACAAGACGAACCGUUACUGUCAGGUUAACAGCUGAGGGCAUUUGAGAACUAUAGUCUAUGGUUAAAAGAACACUGUAGGCACCCAGACCACUUCAGCUCAUUGAAGUGGUCUGGGUGUCAACUCCCAUCAUUCUUAACCCUGCAAGUGUAAUUAUGGCAGUUUUUAUAAACUGCAAAUAUUACCUUGCAUUGUUAAGUCCUCCUCUAGUGGCUGUCUACCAAACAGCCACUAGAGGGACUUCCGGCUUCUUAGACAACUUUUGGUCGUCUAAACAAUGCUGGACGUCCUCACACUAUGCAUGAGGACCUCCAGAGUCGCCGGAAUCCCCAUAAGAAUGCAUUGAAUAAUGCUUUCCUAUGGGGAGGUCGAAUGCGCACGCGGCCAUUGUCGCACAUGCGCAUUAGGUCUCCCCCGUCGGCGGGGGAGGAGCAUGGCUGGAGCCCGACCCAGCGUUGAGGGACACUGGCGCAGAUUCAGGUAAGUGUCUGAAGGGGUUUUAACCCCUUUAGUAAUGUGUGAUGGGGGGCGGGAGGGAGGGGGGAACUCCAGGAUCCUCUAGUGCCAGGAAAACGGUAAAUGUAAACCAGCUAUUUUUAUUGUGAUUGCAUUGAUUACAAGAUUGACAGGUAAAGAGAUCUAUAAGCUCUCAAUGAUUUCCACUGAGGGGGUUGCACUCAGUCAAAUAAACCACAGGGUGCUGACUAAGUGUGGGUCAGCAUACCCCAUUAAAAACGGAUAUCAAAAGCAAAAAAAAAUCAGGCACUCACUGCGAUAACGUAAAGCAGAUUUAAUGGACACAGCAACGUUUCGACCUGUUCCCAAGUCUUUAUCAAAUUGAUAUAGACAGAGGCGACAAAAUUGUAGAUUACGCUAGCUUUAGUGUACCUAUAAUCUUAAUUUUAUUAAUGACAGGAGCCAAAUAUUUGCUUAAGUCUCUCUUUACUAGAACUCCACAGCAGCACAGAAAAACAACCAAUCAGAAAAAAGUUAGGUACUAUAAAACUCCCCUCCCCAUGCAUCAUUUCCUCUUUCAAGCUGCGACAAAACAGAACAAAAGGCAGAAAAUAUAAUGGGGAAGAAACAAAGUCCUUGAUAUAAUGAAUAUGACAAUGUCCACCAUCCGAGAAGAACUGCUGAACCAAAUAGUGUUGAUGGACUGUAAACUGAAACAAGAGAAAAAACAGAAUCGAGCAGGUUGGUUAGCCAAUGAAAUGUACCCUGAACAAACAUGUAGGUACCCAAUGUAGCAACCAAAAUUACCGUAAUCUGCAUAGAUCCCAACCCGACUUAUAAAAAACAGACAUAAGAACAAGUGACAGGUAGCAGUGACAACAAGCAGAGUUGCAUACAUACCUGAUGAACUCAAACUAUAAAAUUAAACAAGGGAGGGAUAACAAUGGGCGGGAAAUACUCGCCUCCUGUCAUUAAUAAAAUUAAGAUUAUAGGUACACUAAAGCUAGCAUAAUCUACAAUUUUUUAACAUGACAGGAGGCUUCAUAUUUGCUGUUUUAUCGCUCAGCCAACAAAUCCAACGCUGUUUGUUUCAACUAUUCCGUGAGUUAUUCGAGCAAUCCUAAAUGGACCUUCCAACUGCGAAAAGUGACAGUAGACGGAUCGAUGAAGAUGCAAGCUGACGAAGCAUCCCAAAUAUGGAAAAACACCACCCGCUGAUAGAUCCAUUGCACGUGGGGUUGCGACCUGUUUCCUAGCAUUUCCAUGAGCUGCCAAGCUGACCUAUUAGCCAUUUUCCUGUAGGUUUAAAAUGCGGAAGGUCAUUUGCGGACUUAGGGCCGCGAGAAGAAACUGCCACCAUGUCUCGACUCUUGAUGUGGAAGGUGGCUCCUCCAAUCAUGCCAGGGUCACCAGGCAAUGUGGCCUUGCAGGCAAAUCUCCAACCUCAAGGAAUGCGCCUAAGUCCACCACCAAUUCUGUAAUAGAACCGAGUAGGGUCUUUUCGUUCCCUCAUGACCUACCCGGUGAGUUGUCUCAUCCGAGAAUAAAUUUAUUAUGCAGGCAAGAGUGUGGUCAAAACUAGCCGUAUCCUAAGUGGUUCCAGUAUUCCAAAUGGACUGUGUAAUCCGCGGCUGCAGUAGAGAAAAGGACUCCCAAAGGACGUCCAAUCAAGGUCCCAAACUGAACUUGUGUGGUGAAACGGUGGUUGACUAUUCUGGGGAUUGUGAAUCCCGGAAAUAUUCAAACGGAUGGGAACGUAAACCGGGGUUGAGAUUUCCAUCCAGAUAUAUCAUCGUCUAAGAGUGAUAAGAUGUCCGGAUCCAAUGAUGAUUGGGACCUGUAUAACAAAGAAGAGCCCUCACGUGCUGUAGUGAGAGAGUGAAAUAAUCUGAUUACCCGUUUGUACGAUCCUGUUCCAUGCCCGACCUGUCAAAAUUCAUGUAUGGGUUCCCGGUCUACACACCACCUACGAGAUAGGGGUCUCACUAUAUUAUACCCUAGGUCCCUGUACCCCUGACUGUCCAGGCACAUAACUCCCAGAGUAGGUCCUAGGUCAAGGGACCCAGGAAUGUGAAUUCGAGAACUGGAGUCAAGGCCUCCCUUCUUAGCUUGGAGUUCCGCAAACACAUAGCGUUCUCUAAUACGCAGACAAGACGUAAAGUCCCUUCACUCACGACAGGUGACUCCAGAGAGCAGAUAUAAGGAAAAAACAAGGGCCUAGCUUCAACCGUCCAAAGCAGGAUGUUGGCAGCCAUAUCCGAGCCUGCUACACAUCCUGAGCAGUACUCCAGCGGUAGGUCCCAACUUGUGAUGUCAGUGUAGGAGCCGGGGACACACAGGGUUCCUCCAUAGAGUCCACAGUAGGUCUCCUUGAUGGUAGUUGAAUAGGUGGGUUAGCGAGAACCCAAACCAAGACGGUUCCCACGAGGGAUAUCUAGUAUAGAAGGAGGGCCCUCCAUAUUCAAACCCUGUUCUCCAGAUAUGUGCUCAAAGUCAUCUCAUCCCAAGAUUGUAAUGACCAGAGAACCCUGGUCGACAGAGGAUUCUGGUCUUUCCAUGUGAUCAAUGCGCACAGUGUAUUUGCAGACCGGGUUGUGGGCCUUCCCUAGUCUUGUUAACCGAGCAAGGCAGUACCCGUUUGCUCUAUGAAGGUCUCAGGAUCUCAUGUCACGUUGACAUGGGAAAAACUGUCUGCGCAGUUUGUUCGCAAUGGUCUGAAUAUUUUAAAAAGAGUGCAAUUGCCUGUUUGAUAUAGCGCAGAUUAAACCUGCACUCUUGUAACAACUGGGGCUCAUCCGUUAGCCGUACCGUCCCUAGGAGUGUGUGUAAAUAAGUGGGGAAUCUCCCCCAGUAAUACCUCUGUGAGUAUUUCUCACGUGGGAUACAGUGGUCCGGAUCCAGUAGAUCCAUUAUAGGAGGUGAAAUAGAGAGAUCCAGUCCAAACAUGUAUACCCUGCACGAUCAGGCAGCCCUCUAUAUCGAAAUCGGUAGCACGGUCGUUAGAUCUAAUUGAAUGCAGGAGGGACGCCCCUCUAUACAGUCAUCGUUGUCCUGUACAGGUACAAGCCUGUGUGAUGAACAAAUGGACGGCACCGUAGUGCGUUGAGUGUAUGAGAGAGCUGCACUCUCUAAUAAUGUGACUGAACUCCGUGUCAGCGUCCGGCUGAUGGCAUGAGCGGGCCGCACCCAUUAAUAACCAAACAUUAGAGUCUACAUUCGUGUCCUGUUCCCUCUGAGAAUGUUUCACUCAAGACAUGUCCUCUGUAUCCAGCUCAGUAACAGGCUGAGGUUGAGUGAGGGCUGCGCCCUCUAAUAAUGAAUCCGUGUCCAGUUCAGUCUAUGAGAGGGGUUCGCUCUCUACGCGUGAAAAUAAAAAUAUCAGUCUCAGGCCGAGGCGAUGGAGGGCCGCACCUUCUUGUAAUCCAAACUAGAGUCUAUUAGAGACUCAGGGUGACCAACAGCGGGGUACAUCAUUAUCUAAUAUGAUAUACUAAUAUCAGCAUAAGACAGAGAUCCUGAUGUGGGUCUCCCUCUGACCACGAGACCUCUCUCUGAAUCUCUCACUUGAGAGAUGGAAUCAACCGGUAAUAAACCAGACCGAUGGUAGAUGGAAUAGUAUACAACCUCUGGUUGUGUCCUUGCUUAAUAACAGAAAGCGAUUAGGAAAUGCAACCUUCGGAAACCAUGAUGGAAACUACCAACGGACCGCCUGGUUCCAGGAUGACCGUUGGUAGCCUGAGGAAAGCUAGAGACGUUCUCCGCGAUCCUCAAGAGCCUGGGAGGUCUGAGGAGGUCAAGUCAGGCCUCUCGAUGACCCGAGCGAUAGGACAAUAGGAAGGCACGAAAACAAAGAAACGACAAAAAAUUUAGAUAAAGGGAAAUACAUACCUCGGAGAGAAGGUAAAUAGCAGAUCGGAAAAGCAAGUCAAGUAAACCCAACUGAAAAGGUCAGGAGCUAAAGGGUUAGUUGCUGAAGGCAAGGAAACCGUGCUCCCCUGUUGGCGUCUGAGCACUGGUCCCUGCUUGUGCGAGAUUCCCCUUGGAGAUGUGCCGCCGCCUGGCUGAUGUAAACCGUGGUUGCGUGCCCGGGAAUCUUCAUAAAAGCUUUGCCCCUCAGGGCAUGAGCUGUAGGGCCUUCAUCCUUCCAAUCAUAUUUAGGUGCCCGUAUCCUGGUGUCCUCUUGGAUAGUAUGGCAGCAAUGUUUGCCUGGACACCCACCUAUCUCCAUGUCAACAGUGGGUACUGAGCUUUCCUCAGUGAUAUUCCCCCAGGCCUGCGGCCAAAAGGGGGGUUCGGGCACAGAUAGAUCAGGCCAACGAUGGGCACAGGUAGAGCAGGCCAGACAGAAGAGCACAGACAUAGUAGGCCAAUCAAAUGGGCGCAGAACUAGCAGGCCAAUCAAUUGGGCACAGACAUAGCAGGCCAAGCAUAGAGGCACAGACAGAGCAGGCCAAUCCUGGGUUGCGUGUUAUAUGAGUAAUGGGGACCCCUAAGUUUGGGCAGAGUCCCCUAAAUAUCUGUAAAUCCUCAGGGUAUCCUGUGACCUAGGAUCCCUAGACAUAAAACCUUUUAGACAGCGUAAUACUGUGUGUAUAAGCCUUAACCGGGACUGGCAGUCCCUAAAUGCCCAGCAGGCAAAAUAGUGGUAUUCCAGCUGUAUUAUAGAAACAUAGAAUGUGACGGCAGAUAAGAACCAUUCCACCCAUCUAGUCUGCCCAAUUUUCUAAAUACUUUCAUUAGUCCCUGGCCUUAUCUUAUAGUUAGGAUAGCCUUAUGCCUAUCCCACGCAUGCUUAAACUCCUUUACUGUGUUAAUAUUGGGUACAAGCUGAAGUUGUUCCAGUGCUUAUAGUGUCCAUAAAAUCAAGAUAUACUGAGCGAUACAUUCCUUACACUUUGAAUUUCCUAUGCACAUGUACAUACAAAUCUGUUUGAGAGUCUUAUCUUGUUAUAGAUCAUCAUCAUCACACCACCUGAAGGGUAAUGUACGAAUGGUCUCUUUCAGGAGUAGGGCUAAACAAUUGUCAACUCAAUGAAUCUCCCCAUAGAACCUGAUAAAAUAGAAUAGUUUCAGCAUAGACUGAUCUCCCAUACCAGUUUGAGCCAGAGCCAGGUCUGCUUAGCUUUUAACAUAGGUCAUGGACAGUGAAUUCAUACCAGAGUAAUAUCAUCUGAGACUCCAUAGCUGGACCAGAAUAUAUAUACUGUGAAGCACAUCAAUCCUAGAGCUAACUAGCCAACUGGCUCUGUAUACACCGUGUACAGAGCCUGUAUAACUGAGUUUCAUAUAUACCUGUAACUCACAGCAAUCUGUGAUAUACACCGUCAGCAAAACUCACAGCAAUCUGUGAUAUACACUGUCAGCAAAACUAAAUCUGUGAUAUACACUGUCAGAAAACUCACAGAAAUCUGUGAUAUACACUGUCAGUAAAACUCACAGAAAUCUGUGAUAUACACUGUCAGUAAAACUCACAGCAAUCUGUGAUAUACACUGUCAGCAAACCUCACAGCAAUCUGUGAUAUACACCGUCAGUAAAACUCACAGCAAUCUGUGAUAUACACUGUCAGCAAACCUCACAGCAAUCUGUGAUAUACACUGUCAGUAAAACUAAAUCUGUGAUAUACACUGUCAGUAAAACUCACAGCAAUCUGUGAUAUACACUGUCAGUAAAACUCACAGCAAUCUGUGAUAUACACUGUGAUAUAUACACUGUCAUUGGAACUCACAGUAAUCUUUAAUAUAAAUUGGGGGGGGGGGGUUGAAAUCAAAGGGAGAGCAAACCGAAUAGGUAUCUCCAGGAACCCCCAUGAAACCACUACAACGUAAAAAGUAAAUAUCCCCAAAGAAAACCAGGGGAAGCAAAGAAGAGCCAAAAGGCACAGUAAUCUUAAAAACUAAGCAUAAUUAAUAUAAAUCAUAAUAAAACCCAAAGCCACCAAAUAGAAGCAGGUGGCAGUGGUACUCUUACCAGUACUGACUGCGGAGCAGCAAAGAAAGAGGAAAUGAUGCAAUGGCAAGGGGGUUUUAUAGUACCUAAAUUUUUUCUGAUUGGUUGUUUUUCUGUGCUGCUGUGGAGUUCUAGUAAAGAGAGACUAAAGCAAAUACGAAGCCUCCUGUCAUGUUAUAAAAUUAAUUUGCAAUAAAUAAAUUUAUUUUUCCAUUACGCCAAUCGUUUACACACAAUUGUGGGCUAUGUUUGCAUAACCCGGCAGUAGUGUAUACAUCAGUACUCGUGUGAAGGGGUUCUCGAAAACAAAAAUGAAAAUUUAGUUUGAGCAAAAAAGCCUUUAAAAAAUAAUUUACCAAAUAAUAAAGUGUGCAUGAUGUAUGUCUUCAGCUGGUGACUGUGAUAGAGUGAGUAAAGGGUAUCAGUGGCAGGGAGAGUGUGACAGGAAAAAGGAGGCAAAUGGGACAGGUUGGGGGGUUGUGAGAGAGAAUGAGGGAGGGAGAGUAUAACAUGGUUUGAUGAGAGAGUGUGACAGGCCGAGUGGAGGUAAGUGUGUCAGGGCAAUAGUGGCAUGGUAGCAGGGAGGAGUGUGACAGGAUUGGAGGGGUUAAUGUGACAGGGUAAGUGUGGCAUAGUUGGGGUGAGGUGAGUAUCACAGUUUUGGAGUGAAGGGUGAAUGUGGCAUACUGGCAUGGUUGGAGGAGGGAGUGUGACAGAAUUAAGGGGGGUUAAUGUGACAGGGUGAGUGUGGCAGGGUUGGGGGAGAGUGUGACAGAGUGAGAGAAGGGCGAUAGUGUGUGGGAGGGGGGUGAUACUGUGAGGAAGGGGUGCUACUGUGAGGGAGGGGAUAUACUGUGAGAGAGGUGGGUGAUACUGUGAGGGAGCGGGGUCAUGGUGUGUAGGAGGGGGGAUACUGUGAGAGAGGGAGUAAUACUGUGAGGGAGGGGGUGAUACUGUGAGGGAGGGGAUAUACUGUGAGGGAGGAAGGAUACUAUGUGGCAUGGGGGUAAUACUGUGAGGCAGUGGGGUAAUACUGUGAGGGAGGGUGAUACUGUGAGGGAGGAGGUGAUACUGUGAGGAGGAAGGAUACUAUGAGGCAUGGGGGUAAUACUGUGAGGAGGGGGGAUAUACUGUGAGGGAGGGGGAUACUGCAGGGAGGGGGAUACUGUGAGGGACGGGGGAUACUGAGGGACGGGGAUUCUGUGAAGGAGGGGGUAUUUAGGAAGGGAUAUAUUGGGAGGGAGGGGGUAUACUGGGAAGGGAUAUAUUGGGAGGGAGGGGGUAUAUUGGGAGGGAAAGGAUAUAUUGCGAGGGCGUGGGUAUAUUGGUAAGGGGUAUACUUGGAGGGAGGGGGUAUAUUGGUAGGGGGUAUAUUCGGAGGGGGGGACUAAAUACUUUAAGUCCCUGGUGGUCCAGUGGCACCGUCUGGUCUGCAGUUUUUCGCGCAGUGUGCAGAGAUGCAGACCAAGUGUCUUGCGAGACCCGGUCAGAGCGUUGCCGUGGUAACCCGCGGCAACGCUCUGAUUGGCCAGAUCUCGUAAGACACACUGCACGGAGCUGCAGACCAGGGGCUACAGGCGCUCUCUGGCCAGGCAGCCAGGAGGGGCCUUGCACCCGGCGGCAUACCGGGCAAGCCACUGGGCCCCCUCCUGGUGUCAGGUCCUUGGUCACUGACUGAGGACCUGACACAGUCUGCCAUAAGGCAGUUUAGACGGCCGCCUAAACCGCCUAAUUAGAGAGCUGCCUCUGGUAUAGAUCUGGGAACAGGUCGAAACAUUGCUAUGUCCAUUAAAUCUGCUUAAAGUUAUUACAGUGAGUGCUUGAGAUUUUUUUGCUUUAAAUAACUUUUACUGGCAUUAGAGUAUAAAAGAUUAUCUUUAAUUACAUUUACCAUUAAUGAAAUAUGGAUUCUAUUUUGCGUCCUUUAAAUAUUAGUUUAUUUUAAAUUACGCAAUAGUGCCAUCUAAGUUGCAGGAAAGCUGUACAUUUUAUAGCUAAUUUAGCCUCAAAGUGAUAUUUUUACACUAAGCACAGACUUUUUAGUGAAUUGAAAACUAAAUUGCUAAAAUAGUUGUGGCCAUUGCUAAUGUGGGGAAUUUUUCCAAUGGAGCUAUUUUUGCCCAAAUUAUGAAAUUUCGAUUUUAAUUCAUUACAGCUCUGUUAAUUAUAACCAUGUGCUGCCAUAAAUGUAAAUCAUGUGUUGAGACUUUAGCUAAGUGGUCACACCAAGGCACUUGAGUGAGGGGGUAUUUUAAUAAUUUUGGAUUUGUAGAAUGACUUAAAAUUCAGGAACCAUCUAAAUACCUUUUAGACAUGUAACACAUUCACGAUCACAACUUUUAAAUUAAUGGAUGGAUUGGUAACAUAUGGUAUCUAUUACAUUUUCCUCCACAACAGUACCAGAUUUAGCAGGAUAAUCUUUAAUUUGGCUUCUGUCUUUUGCUAUGUGUGUUACCCAGAAGUGAGUCAUCAGGUGCAGACUGUGUGCAUCAAAAGAUGCUUGUGAUGUCAGGGUGUUAAGCACCCAUGCAGAAUGCUUCAGUAAUGCUCUGUGCAUGUGCAACCCUGAGAGAGGCUCGCAAGAGAUGCUGCAUGUUACCCUAGCAUGCAUUCACACUUUUUUUUUCCUUACAUCACUCCCAGGCCACCCCACAUGUACCCGCUUUCCCCUUUAAGUUCACAUCUCUUGCUCUGUGUCAUGAAGUAUGCCUUAACAUAAUUGUAAUGAUAUGAUUGAUCUUUCAUUAAAAGGACGGAUAUUUGGAUAAUUCCAAAUACAAACAAAAAUUAAGGGGAAAGAAGGAAUUUAAUCUGUAUCAGUUACAUUGUUGCUAUAAGUGAAUCCAAAUAUACUGCAGAAUGUUUAUCCUGAAUCCUGUGCUUCUAAGAGCUCCAUUUUUCUAGUUACAUUAAAUGGAUACUAUAGUGCCAGGAAUAUAAAGCUGUAUUCCUGGCACUGUUGCUCCCCCUGCUUCACUCCCUCCCUGGGGUAUAAAGGGUUAAAAACCCUUUAUUUACUUACCUUAUACCAGUGCCUAUAACCCUCUGUGCUGGGUCGACACCCCGCUCUCUCCGAUGUCCUGCAGAUUAUUAGAACUCCCCGUAGGAAAGCAUGCAGAGUGUAAGGAGGUACAGUGUUAGUCCGUUUCGACCCAGGAAGCGCCCCAGUGGCUGUCUGGUACUUUUUUGGAACUUCAAUGAUUUACAUUGCAGCACUAAGUGCAAAAUGGACACUGAACCCAGACCACUUGAAUAAGCUAAAGUGGUCUGGGUGCCUAUAGUGUCCCUUGAAUGUUUGGUUUAAUAAUGGAGAUAGCUAAGGAUUACAUCCAUAUUGGAGUAGACAGUCCCUGGUCACAUGUCAUAAAGUUCAGAUUGAGAGAGCAGAGCAUAUUUGGAGAAUAUUAUACAUCCCCUACACACAUUUUCAUGCAACAAUGUUAAACUCUAGGGCCACUUGCUUGUGGUUGGAUGAAUUCACUGCUGCAAAUUUAGAUUUCAGUGAUCAACCAUCCAAAUCGUAUUUAUCAAGUUUCACCUACUGUCCCAGGACUCAUCCUUUCGAACAAUGACUUGUCAUGUCUCACUUUUGCCACUUAAUUGCCAGUGUCUACUAGAAAGAACAGAUGACAAGAACAUUUAGCAUUUCAAUACUUUUUCCAUUUCCUAUACCUGGAAGAGCUGCUACGGAUAACAUGUAAAGCAAACAGUAUUCUGUGAAAUACAAAGAAACUGAAUUGCAAGGGAACCAAGAGAGAAGGAAAUCAAGAAGAGUUCAGAUAGCAGAGAAGGUGCCCUUAUGGUCUUAAAUGGACACUAUAGUCACCAGAACAACUACAGCUUAUUGGAUUUGUUCUGGUGAGUAGAAUAAUUACCUUCAGGCUUUUUGCUGUAAACACUGUCUUUUCAGAGAAAAUGCAGUGUUUACAUUACAGCCUAGUGAUAACUUCACUGGCCACUCCUCAGAUGGCUGUUAGAGAUCCUUCCUGGGUCAUGGCUGCCUAAAAAUGCAUCCAAACAUUUAGUGUCUCCUCCCUCUGCAUGCAGACACUGAACUUUCCUCAUAGAGAUUCAUUGAUUCAAUUAAUCAUCUAUGAGGAGAUGCUGAUUGGCCAGGGCUCUGUUUGAACCAUGCUGGCUCUGCCCCUGAUCUGCCUCCUUGUCAGUCUCAGCCAAUCCUAUGGAGAAGCAUUGUGAUUGGAUCAGGCUACCACUUCUGAUGAUGUCAGCAGACUGCUUGUUUUUCUGAGUCUAACAGCAUGCAGAGUUACAGCUUCAGGCUUGAAUACAGUAAGAUUUUACUAUAUUUAUGGAGGCACGAGGGGCCCAGGGGGGCUAGAUGGUGGUGUUAACACUAUAGGGUCAGGAAUACAUGUUUGUGUUCCUGACCCUAUAGUGAUCCUUUAAGCUUGUUUGGUCAAAAAGCAAAGCCCCAUGUCUAUUCUUUCUGCUGAUAUUUGUCGAAAAUGUUCGAUGAUCAUUAAAUUUCAGUCGACCACACUGACACUAGGGAUCAAACCCUAAACAGGACUACACUAAGACGCAAGGACACCCCCCCACAACCCCACACUCACGCCAAUAGGCACUGUGAGACGGGGCCAUAGAAGAUACAGGCGGGAAGAAGGUGACUGAAAGACACAACAUGCUCACCGACCACCCCCCACCCAUCCCAUCAUCCACACUCUAGACACAUUACAGACGAACGACAUUAAAGACUGAGAGAUGAUUACAACCUGCAAGGACAAGCGAACGACAAGACCUAAAACAACAAAUAAUAUCAUAACGCAGAGUGAGCGAUCUCAAACCACAGGACCAUAGCUAACGCACCUGACAGACUGUAAUUAAUCAAUCUACAACAUGUUAAGUGAAUAUCGUAAAUAGAGAUUUAUUGUGUCAGGAGACCUGCGAGUCUCAAUCACUUUUGCAUCCUCAGAGAUCUGCGCAUCUCAAGACCUCAAACGAGAUUCUAACUGAUUGAAACCUGCGUGUUUCGCACUGCUCAUAACCUCACUGCGAAUUGUUCACCUCGCAAACUCUUUAAUAAAACGAUAUUUAAAUAGAAAUAAAUUUCAGUCGACCAUUAAACUCUGUGGCCUGCUGGCUGCAUUAGCAGCUAGUAAGCAAAUGGUUAAUAACACUUGCCUCUUGUUAGGCGAGGGUUAACCAUGUAACAGCUGGCAGAAGUUUGCAAAAAAUGUCUGCCCAGUCACUAUUAACAUACACCCCCACCAGUGCCCCCAAUGUACAAAAUGGUGGGUGGUCUAAAAUUUAAAAAAAAAAAAGACAAAGGGGCCAAUACCCAUGGGGAUUGGGUGGGGGACUUGACCAUAAUUAAGUAAUCAGGGGUGGACAGAUCACUGCCCACCCCCUGCUGACCAGCCAUGGCCAGCAGGUGGGGCUAUUUAUUAUUAAAUGGGUGGGAGCUAGUGUCCACCCACAGUCCACCGAUGCAGGGUCUAAGUAAAUUUAAAAAAUAUUAAGUGUAAAAAAAAUAAAAUGAAAUGUGUAGAAUUUAAGCAAACACUACUUUUUAGCAGUAGGUCCAAGCAGGGUUCUCCAAACAGUGUUAUUCAUUCACCAAAGUAUGCAUUUUUGGGAAUUCAGAGUAAAUUUCAAAUGUUAGGCCAAAGUAACCAAUUCGGAAAAAUUCUCCAAGUGAGCUAUGUUUGACUAUUCUGGACUAAAUUUAAAAUUCACUUUGAAUUUCUGACAAUUUACUCUUUGAUGAAAAACCCUGAAGCUUUCAGAGUAGGAGAUACAAAACAUGUUAAUUUCGAAUUUAGAGAUUUAAUCACUAAUUGACAGAGAUGAAGGAUUUUCUUUCCUUAAUUUGGCUAUUUUGACUCCGAUUUGGAAUAAACCCACUGAGUUUAAGAAUGUUUAUUGCUGUGGUAUAUGUGAGCCCAAUUACCUGUUUACCAAAGUUUAAAUGGCCACUAUAGUCACCAUUUAGGAGUUCAAUCACCUUUUCUAUGCAGCCCUAGGCACAUCUCCUUGCAUGUGACUUAAGCAACCUUAAUAAACACUUCCUGUAAAGAGUCAUCUAAUGUUUAUACUUCCUUGCAAAUUCUGUUUAAUUUAGAAUGUCUUAUCUCUUGCUAUGUUAAUAGCUUGCUAGACAUUGCAGAAGCAAUGCAAUAAAAGUUAAAUUUACAGAGCAGGAGAUAAAAAAAAAAAAUGUAAGUAAGUUACAUCUGAUUGGAAAUUAAACCAUUUCAGUCACAGCCAGGGGAGGUGUGGCUAGGGAUGCAUGGACAGAAACAAAAGUGAUUUCACGCUUAAAUGCAGUGAAUAGAGCAGUAAAACUCCAGAGGCAUGAUCUAUACCAGGGAUAGGCCACCUUCGGCACUCCAGAUGUUAUGGACUACAACUGCCAUAAUGCUCUUACACGCAUAAUGCUGGCAAAGCAUCAUGGGAGGUGUAGUCCAAAACAUCUGCAGUGCCGAAGGUUGCCUAUGCCUAAUCUAUACACAAAAACUACUUCAUUAAGCUAAAGUUGUUUCAGUGACUAUAGUGUCCCUUUAAAUGUAUGUAUAUCUAUUAAAAUGAGGGUGGAAUUCUUAAAUAGUCAGACUUGAAUUAAUAUUCACGUAUGUGCAAUGUUAAAAAGAUUGUAUUUUUUUCCUUUAGUAAUUAAAACAAGGCUGCAAUCAUUACAACGAGGGGUUAAUGAAGAUACGUACUCAGGGAUUAUAGACUGCACCAGGUAAGUACUGCUACUGGUACUGAUUUAUUAACUCUCUGCACGUCUAUGGUGGCAAGGUGUUGUCAUGGACUUGAAUCCUUUGCAUUUGAUUUCACCACACAAAUAUUAUCCGAUUUGUUCACUAAAAACCUAUUACAACCACUAUGGAUUAUAAAAAUAAAAAUAAAUUAAUCUGGUACCAUCUAGUGCCAUACUGGACAUUGAUCACAGUAUUUUUUGGUGUCUGGCUUUUUCAACGAGUCCAAAUUUAACAAAGGUCUAGUCCAGAUAUUAGCCUGUCUGUAUGAAGUUGAAUGGCUGAAAUCCAAAUUGAAUGUUUAUGCAUCUGAAUACUCAGACUUAACCGAAAUGGCGACUUCUGCCAAUUAUAUUUAUUUUUAUAUGAGUUGACAAAUAAAAUGGAUUUCUGCAGAUUUGCUUAUAAAAAGGAUGUGACCUUAUUUUCACAUUCUACUGGAUUUCUACUGGAUUUGCUCAAAAUGUAUGUAGUUGAAAUUCGACAUUGGAUAAGUAUACAGAUCCUAUACUUUCAAUAGGCUUUGCAUGUGAGAAUUACAAAAUUUAACACAGACACUGGAUGGUAUCCAUUGAGCUGUGCUCAUUCGGUUGAAAAGGCUGCAUAUCAGAUUUCCGCUUUGCCUUUAGUAAAUAAUUAGAAUUGCAAAUUUGAUUAAAGGGAUAGUAUUGGCAUCAAAACAACAUUGUUUUAAUUACGUUUUAGUGGGUAGAACAUGCCCCUGCAGUUUUACUGCUCAAUUCAGCCAUUUAGGAGUUAAAUCGCUCUUGUUUUUGCUUAUACAACCCUAGCAACACCUCCCCUGGCUGUUAUUUACACAGCUUGCAUGAAAAAAAUGGUUUCAUGUUCAAUCAGAUGUUAACUUACUUUACAUAUUUAUAUCUCCUGCUCUGCAAAUUUAACUUUAAUCACACACAGGAGUUCUCCUGCAGGGUCUAUCGUAUUAUUAACAAAGCAGGAGAUAAUACAUUUUAAAUUAACAGUUAAACAUUAAAUCUCUCUUUACAUUAAGUGUUUAGGAAGGCUGUGUAUGUCACAUGCCGGGAGGUGUAACCAGGGCUGCAUAAAUAAAGUGAUUUAAUUCCUAAAUUGCAAAACAUUGGGCAGGGGCAUGAUCUAUACACCAAAAUUGCUUCAUUAAAAGUGUGUUUCGGUUUUGUUUUUAAGAUAGUCACUGUAAAUGAUUUUUGCUAAACUGUACUGUCUCUGGAUUUUAGUGAAUAAACCUGUAUGCAUUUUACAUAGGUUGGCAGGUGUGUGGUGCGUUGUCCUUUUUUGUUGUAAAGGGUAUGACUAUUGACUUUAAACACAUAACCUGCAUAAUGUAUUAUACUGAUUAGGGAUGAUGACCUUUAAUGAGCUCAGCCUGUUACUAUAUAACGAGUAUUUGACAAUGAUGUUGACAAUAUAUAACAGUAUAACCUCUGUUUAUUCUCUGCAGGAAGAUAUGGAGGAGUGAGGGACCUGCUGCCUUCCUGAAGGGUGCAUACUGCAGAGCGCUUGUCAUUGCUCCACUUUUCGGGAUUGCUCAGGUGGUCUACUUUAUUGGAAUUGGAGAAUAUCUCCUGGGAUUUUUACACUCUCCUCGUGAUUAACAUCACAGCAUUGACCUCCAAACCAAAACUACUACAUGUUUGGUUCUUUUGAGAGGUCUUAGCAGUAUCUUAAUCUUGGCCAUUCUUGCCAGUUUUAUUUCUGCCCUUGCUUAUCCAUAAGGGUGGAUUUUAAAGCAGGACAUGCCCUCCUUUUUUAUGUACAAUGGUAUGGUCCACAACUAUACUGAUGUGCUGCGGAACCUUACAGCAAUUGGGCAAUCUUCUUUUAUCUUCUGGUGGAAGGAGGAGAGUACUUCUCGAAAGGGGGCAGCAACUCUACAAAGUUAAUCAUUUAGAGAGCUGAGCCAAUUUUAACACUUUAUUUGUGGCACAUGAUUUGUUACAGAGGCUAAGGAAAUGUGGCAAAAAAAGACAACCUCUGGAAAGUGUUUCUAAUCUGUGAGAGACUGCAGCACAUACUUAUUAAGUUUGUCUUAUGAGUAUAUUGACAUUUUAUGUUUGCUUAUGUAAUAUACACACUUCAGAUGGGUAGGGGCACACCAAUGAUGUAUGCAGUAAUUUGUCAAAUGCAGAGCAUGCACCAUACUUAAUGCUGAUUAUUACCCCUGAAGGACCACUGACUACAUUAUUCUAUCAUAACUAUCUGGUCUUUAAAAGUCUGACACGAAAAUGGAAUAUCCCACCCGGUUUUGUAUGUAGAGUUGCAAGUAAUGAAAAUGUGGGAUGUUCCUUGUUUGUUCUGGCUGGGAUAUUUACUAAAUGGUGAAUUGCUGGGAAUUCAAAGUGACUUACAAAUGUUACUCUAAAAUAGCUGAAAUGAAAUCAGAAUGAUGACGGUAUGAUCUGUCAUUGAUCUGUAAGGGGUUAAAUAUUACAUCUUGGCAAAUUAUCGGUUUCAGCUCUCAAUGUGAUACCCUUUAUCAUGUUGUUAAAAUAGAUUCCUCUGCCACUGGGACAAACUAGAAUAGGUUGCUCUGGUAUAAUCCAUUCCAUAAAAUCUGCAUAAUCUGGGUACCAUUGGUGCUUUUAUAUAAUUUUUUUUUGUUGUUGUUUUUUUUAUACAGACGGGGCAGUAAAUGAGGCAGACUGUUUUUCUUACAUAUUUGAGGACUAUAAACAAUGUGUUUCGGACCUUUUAACAAACUUUUGGCUAAAAUAGCAGAGCUUUUUUUAAAUUACUAGUUUCUUUUAGAGAAUUCGCUGCUCAGCUAAUAUCGAUUUUAACCUCCAUAGAGCUCAUGCAUUAAGGAUCUUCACUAGCAUUAUUCACUAGCGUCUAUAAGCAUCAAAAACAGCACCCAUAAACCGUAAAGUGUGAAAGCGAAUUUCAAAUUUUAGGCAAAAAUAGUCACGUGGAUACAUUUUCCAAAUUGGAAAAAAAAUUUAAAUACACUUUCAGUUCACAACAAGUCACAGUUUAGUGAAUAUACCUGUCUGAAUGAGAUGUUAAAAUUGGAGCUGCGUAUCUCUAAACAUAUUUCGAUUUUACUUUUUUUAUUUGGUUUUUAAUUUUCUAUUUUAAGAUUUUGAUUAUUUUAACAUUACUCCACUUUAUUUUUUUUAGACUUUUUUUUUUAAAUAUCUUUGUUUGUGAAUUUACAAGCACUGUGACUUGAACAACUUUUCAGUGACUGAUUUUUUUGAAACCUUGCUAAGCUAAAAAACGCCUACAGAGUAAAAAUAACAUCGACUGCAUUGCCAUCUUUCUCGCUUUCUCGUCUACCCCUUGAAUCUGCACAUUCUACACCAUGAAAGUGGCAGCAUUGUGUGCCCUCUGGUACUUAAUGCUCACACCUUGUUAUGUAAGGAACAUUCCAUGCCCCUACCCCCCCAAAGAAGUCACAAUCUAGUAGAUAUACCCCCAAUGAAAACAUGCAUGCAUUUAUUUCUGCAUUUUAUUUUUUUGAUUUCUGUUGAAAUUGGCACUUUUAUAAACGGUCAGAAGUGUAACAGGCUCCAGACGCACUAAGUAUUUCAGCAAACGGAAAUACUUUGUGUGUGAAGUGUUCCUGUAAUUUAUCGUUAAUUGUCUAACAUCUAACAUUAAUUGGUUAAAUUGCUGCAACAUAAUUGCAUCUCACUACAAGCACAGUGUGAGAAUGGCCUAAUCCAAACUAUCCUCCUCCUAUUUCUAGUAAAAUAGAAAGACCAGAAUGCUUUGCAAGAAAUAUUCACAGCAAUGUAUUCCAGUCUUUUGUGAAAUAUGGAUGUGUUUAUGACUGUGAGAUUUGCUUGAUCCCAUAUAACAAAGAGAAACGUGCAUUUAAUGUGUCUAGUUAUGGAGCGAACAGGAUCACAUAGUUUGUUUAAAUAGUUAUUGUAGAUUUCAGACAAACUGUGCAUUUUUAUCAAGAGACGUCCCAGGAUAAACCAUGUUUUGUUAUCAAGAUCUCAUCUAAUUCUAUAUUAUUUCUCCAUUAAUUUCAUUUACUGGCAGCAGAUUUUAACUUCCUUACUCAGCCGGCACUUUCACCAGAAGCUUAAAGGAUCACUAUAGUGUCAGGAAAACAAACUUGUUUUCCUGGCACUAUAUAAUCCUUCGGUACCCCACACCAUCAGGACACCCAUCCCGCUGGGCUGAAGGGGUUAAAACCCCUUCAGCCACUUACCUUUAUCUGGCGCUGGUGACCUCUCCUCCCCCUCCGACGUUAGCUCCCAAGUGGAGCCAAAUGCGCAUGCGCGCAUUAAAAACGCCUCUAGCGGCUGUCAGGAAGAUUAACCCUGCAAUGUAAACAUAGCAGCUGCAGGGGUAAGACCUGGGGACCUGGCACCCAGACCACUUCAUUGAGCUGAAGUGGUCUGGGUGACUAUAGUGGUCCUUUAAAGGAAAAUGACAGCCAAAAGAUGCAUGGAACUUAAAGAAUAACUGUCACGGUUUUUUAUUAUUUAAAAUAAGUUAUUAUAUGUCAUAUAUAUAUUUUGUGUAUUAGUUUGUAAUGAAUACUUAGAGGAUAACCACUCAUUUUAGUUAAUAUCCUGCCAUGCUUGCUACAAGGGGGCAGCCAUCUUGUAUGUAUGUGUUACGAAAUAAUAUACGCAAAGUAAAUGUAACAAGCAGUGAUAGUACAAGCUCUUUACAGGACAUUCUAAAAACAAAUGUUAUGUGGAAUCUAUUUAAACCUUGCAUUUAUUCUCAAUAGUUUAAAGGAUCACUAUAGUGUCAGGAAAACAAAGCGGCUUUCCUGACACUAUAGUGCCCUGAGGGUGCCCCCACCCUCAGGGUCCACCUCCCUUGGCGCUGAAGGGGUUAAAACCCCUUCAGCAGCUUACCUUAAUCCAGCGCCAGGCUCCCUUGGUGCCGGUGACCUCUCCUCCCCCGCUGACAUCAUCUCCCCCGUCCGAUGUCAGUGGAGCCGAAUGCGCAUGCGCAUUCAAAGUGUACAUAGGAAAGCAUUUCUCAAUUUUUUCCUAUGGGCGCUCUGCGCAAUGGAGGCGAAAUGUGCCUCCAGCGUCGCAAAUGCACCUCUAGUGGAUGUCCGGAAGACAGCCACUAGAGGCUGGCUUAACCCCAAAUGUUUGCAUCUGAAGGGUUAAAACCUGAGGGACCUGGCACCCAGACCACUUCAUUGAGCUGAAUUGGUCUGGGUGACUAAAGUGUCCCUUUAAAAUACUAAUUCUCCAAAUUAGGGACAAAGCACAAAAAGAAAUAAAGUCUAAAGUGUUUCUUGCAAGUAGAUGCACUUAAAGCGACUUUGUCACCUAUGCAAAGACCAAGGAUGGUGACAUUGCUGCCUGGGGUGCAUUACCUGAUGCUGUCCCCUAUGAGUACCGUACACAUGCGUGAAAGUACAACACUGAUGUUUAUAGAGGAUACUGCAAGACCGCAGGAACCUCUACAGAUAUUGUCUCAUGAUUAGUAAGACAAUGUCUUAUUCCUCCAGACAUUGUAGCGAUCGACGGCUGUAGGAAGUGACAAAAUCUGAAGCAGUAGCUCCACCUUUUUGUCAAGUUUAAUCGACAUAAGGGUUUACCAUCAAACAAACUUGUCCUUGCUUUGUCUAUAUGUCUUUGAUAUAUUUUGACUGUGUUGGACUUUGAAAGAAAUUAUAUUUUUAUGAAAUGCUCAUAAUUUAAUUUUUUUGGUGAAGAGGCGCUGUAAAGAUAGAAAUAUAUAUCUUAAUCCACGAGUUAUAUAUAAGGUGGAAAUCAGAUGUGCUAUUUACAUAUUAAAGCACACAGAGUUCCAGGAGCCCAGGAAAAAAGGGCACCCUCCGAGAACAAAAUGUGAAACAUCCUACUCGCACUAUAAUAUAUGGAAACCACCAUCUGACGUCUUUGCAUGAUUUGCAAAAAUCCCUGAUGGCAACUUCAAUGCUUGGUGGCCAAGGGUUGCAGGGGAAGGUGGAUUUUACAUACCUGAAGCUCUCUCUUGCGGCCACCACCUUCUAUUGGAUCCUCUUCAUCUCCUCAUGCUUCAUCGUCCAGAAGUCCACAUCAGUGCGUACUUUUGCACAUGCACGAGAGUACAGCACUGAGUUAUAUGUAAGAAUCUGUAAGACCACAGGAGCCUGCAUAGAUGUCUCGUUUCUAGCAAUGACUGGGAGAAGUGACAAAAGCUUACAAAAAGAGCUCUGCUUUUUUUUUUUUUUUGAAUUGCAGGAAAAAUACACAAGGCAAAGUAGUUUCUAGCUAGCCUUAUGUUUGAAAUAGAAGAACAGAUUAUGAGUUAGGAGUGAAGAAGAAUGUAUUGAAGUAAGUUAAGCAUAGCGUGACAGAUCUGCUUUAAAUGAUAAGAAAGACAGUUUUCCUUUAAUACUGUCAACUAGUGAAGAGUCUGUCAUGUACUCAUUUUUGGGAUGUAUAUAAAUGUCAUCUUCUGAAUUGUUACUGAUAUUAUGAUAAUACGUGUGCUGGUUGUGAUUUUGUAAUAGGCCUCACACAUGUGCCAGCUCAGAACAUCUUGAUGCUCUAAGUGAACCGUAAAUUGAUGCCCCUGAUCUCCACCUGCUAAUUUAAAAUCCAUUUCAUUUAGCAAAGUAGAAGGCUAAGAGCACCCCUCUGCAGUUGCUUAGUUUGCCAUUGAAGGUAAUCUAAACUAGACAGCAAGAGAAAGUAGAAUAUAUGAAUACAGCCCUCCCAUAUGAUGAUCCUAGUAUGAAAAACAUAGAGUUAGAGCACCUGCAACUCCAGACUUUCGGUAAAUUAGAAUUUUUACUAAUUCAUAAAUGGGUUAGGCUGGGAAAUUUUCCACCCCUCAGGGUUUUUUUUUUUUUUAUCAAGCAUCAGGCACAUAUGCCCAACAUUGCGUUUUAAGGGUUUAGUGCUCAUCAUCUAUGUAGAAGCAUUGUGUAUUAAUAGUUGAAGCAGUAACUUUCUAAUUCACCUAAAUUUGGAGUUGUAUAAUUGUAUCCAUUAGUUAGCAGUAGUAACUAUCGUAUCCAUUAGUUAGCAGUAAUAACUAUCUAUUCCAUUACUUAGCAGUCAAUUUUUAUCCAUUAUUUGGCAGCAGUAGUCAUUUUUGUAGCCUAAUUUUCCUUUUAAAGCGACUGUCACAGCUUGGGUCUUUCCAUAUUUUGCAAAGACCCCCUAUGGGGACAUUGUCACUUGGCUGCGCAUGGGUGGGCCGGGGAAAGGUGAGAUUUACUUACCUGAACCUGUCCCUCACUGGCAUUGCCAUCCUCUACUUGCUCCACUAAACAGUGCUGUAAUCUUGCACAUGCAUGAGAGUACAGCGUGAAGGUCUGUGGAGGAUCGUGCGAGACUGUGGGAUCCUCCAAGAAGAUAAUUAAUUUUCUUGGGAAAAUGACAAGUCUGACAGUGGUAUCUGUGCCUUGUAUCAAUCUUUGACAGUCAUAGAAAAAAAUACUGUGAUAAAGUAGUCCCUACUUUGUCUCCGUAUGUCUUUUGAAUGGGUUGAUGAUUCAGUGAAAUUCCAGCACAUCAAUAUGAGUAUUUCAUAAAGAUUCUAUUUAUGUGGAAUACACAUUUUGGUGGGGGUGACAGUGCCACUUUAAAUAUACAUCUCCAUUCAGGCCAUCGGUCCCAUUUUGUUUUAAACACAAUUUGUCAUAGAUGCUAUGGAUAAAUCCAUUAUUAUAAUAUAUGGGGAUCCUGUUUUAGCUUGUAAACAAUGUGUAUGAGAAGUUCAUGCCUAUAGUAUGUUCUGAACCAUACUGAUUUUUUUAUUUUUAUUUUAUUUAGCAUAUUACUCAUUGGUAGCACAAGGGGUUUGGAUUGCACUAUAAGACCAGAUUGGUCUGUCAGUACUGUGUCCAUUCUAUCCACUGAAUAAUAACUUGGGAGAUCAUGUACUAGCUGUUUACAUUUGAAGAUUCGGUCUCUUCUUUGUUGAGACAGUGUACAAUCACAUGACACUGGCUGUCCAAACAAAAUACCUAUAUGUCUUUAACAGCCAAGGCUGGCUCUUGGCUUACUUGUGCUUUGUGCAAUGGCUGAAUUUUUAUUUUCUUAAUAAUUUCACAAUGAGAAAUAUUACAAUUUUGAAAUGGCGUUGUCUCGUUAUCUAACCAAUGGUUUGCAUUAUCUAUAUUGCUUGAACAUUCCAAUUAACCUUAGUCAUAGACUUGCUAGUUCUUAAAACAUUCCUUAUGUCUAAUAUUCUAACGAUUUCCCCAUGAUUUGAAGCAGGAUUGUAAAUAUUAAUGCACCUUACAUUGUUUUUAGUCCAUUCUGGAGGGCCAAUAUGACACCCACCAUCUAUGUAUCAUUACAUGGUUAGCACAUCAAACCAUUAAGCUGAACCUAAACUCUUCCUUGAAAUCGCUGCUUUGUAUGAGCCCAAGCCUUUUAUACUGGAUUUUAUGGAAUAUGAGAUUUCAGAUCAAAAACUAUUCUGUGCCUUAUAUUCCAAGCAUAACCAAAUGGUGUGCAAAUGAUUUAUUUUGCAUUCAAUUUUGCUUUGAUGUCCCUUUAUAAUUUGAUGUUUUAACAUAUUCUCAAAAAUGUAAUACCCAAAAUGGCCUUAAACUGGAAGUUCAACUAUUAAGUUAAGGUAAAAUGCCUUGUAUGUCACAAGCCAAGAGCUUGUGCUAUUUUGGUAAAUGGCAGUACUGUUGUUUCUGUGCAAUAGGGCAAUGGAUCCUGGUGAUCUAACUGCAUUUUACAGAUCUCACAGUAUUUUUUUUUUCUUUUUUAUUUUUUUUGUGAGGAUCUGAUAUUUGGAACUUUGACACAUACAGGUGUGUCCAAACUGAGCAAUCGUUCUUCCUAUUCCUCUUUUUUUUGAGAGUAUAAGAUUUGUAGAUGCAUUGAAAGAUAAGGAUAGAAACAUCGUGAGGGAUACACAAAGACACAAACACACAUAUGGUAAUACAAAUAAUGCGACAUCACCUCUCUUAGUUACCCCAACAUUAGCAAUGACCCCUCUCCCAAACUCCAAACCCAACACUGAAAGAGAAAAGCCUUAUACUCAUCACUUAAUACUCCACUCUUAAAUAUGCAAACUCCAGUCUCACACGCUCAGAACAUGUCUUACUCCUGUCCCCAUUUUAGCCAAGCUCCUCUUUCAUUCAACCCACAUCCCAUCAUCCCCAUUUCUUUACGAAACACUCACCUCAUGUUACGUUUAUUAUAGCAAAGGGGUUGGAACUUUUAGCAGGCAGGAUCUUCUGGGUCCUGUACUGAUCCUCUGGCAGGAUAUUCUGGGUCCUGUCCUGAUCUUCUGGCAGGAUCUUCUGGGUCCUGUCCUGAUCUUCUGGCAGGAUCUUCUGGGUCCUGUCCUGAUCUUCUGGUAGGAUCUUCUGGGUCCUGUCCUGAUCUUCUGGUAGGAUCUUCAGGGUCCUGUCCUGAACUUCUGGUAGGAUCUUCAGGGUCCCGUCCUGAUCUUCUGGUAGGAUCUUCAGGGUCCUGUCCUGAUCUUCUGGUAGGAUCUUCAGGGUCCUGUCCUGAUCUUCUGGCAGGAUCUUCUGGGUCCUGUCCUGAUCUUCUGGCAGGAUCUUCUGGGUCCUGUCCUGAUCUUCUGGUAGGAUCUUCUGGGUCCUGAUCUUCUGGUAGGAUCUUCAGGGUCCUGUCCUGAUCUUCUGGCAGGAUCUUCUGGGUCCUGUCCUGAUCUUCUGGUAGGAUCUUCAGGGUUCUGUUCUCCUCCCAGUUAAGGUCCAAUGUAAGUGUAUAUGCAUUUUUAUAGGCAUCCCGAAUUCACCUGCUGAUUUCACACUCUAUAGCUCAGGUCUGCAACACAAAAGUACAAAGGAUGCAGCCUAGCUAUCUCCUCCAACCUAAUGUACACAAAUUAUAAAUUGUAAAAAGAUGUAUUUAUAGAUUUUGUUUGCUGUGGACUGCUUAGAUCUUAACAGACCCCAGCCAACAGUUGGAGGGACAUACAGCCUUAAACCAUGGAUUUUUCUUAGAAACUCUUGUCAUUUGUAACGAUUCCUGUUUUGAGAAGAAUAAAUGAGAAAUUGUAGGUAUUUAGUGAGGUUGAAAAUCCGAGAGAAAUUGAAUACUCCUUGCUGCAUGGUAUAUAUAUUUUUUCUGAUUUACCAAAACAUACCCUGGUGUAGGAAACCAAAAUGAAAAGAUAUAUGAAGGAUCAAAGAGUUGGAAGUUCUUGGAACUUCCUUCUUGUGAAGGUGUAAGAUCUAAAACUAAAUAAAACUCAAAAUGCAAUAGGUUAUUUCCGGCUGAAAAAUAAUUAAUUGAACCGUGGUCUGAUCUUAAACUCAUAAUUUAAAGAUUAACCCACCAAUCUAAAUAAAAAUGAAAUUAAUGGAUCUUCUGUUUUAUAGGAAUUUUGUGUGUUUGCAAAAUACAUUCUUCAGGCUACUAAAUGUUGUUUAGUAACUAUUGCUAGAUACAAUUAGGACCAAAUUUACCAGUAAAUACGAACUAGAAGCUACGACUCUGAUGAACCAUACUUGAUUAACAAUCAAGUACAAGAUUAACUGUAGUCUGUGUUUGGGGACAUUUCAAUCCCAGAAACAGACCUACGGUGACACAUUUUGAGUACACUGUUUUGUCUGUCUUUAGACAUCGCUAUCUGAAAAUCCUAAUUGAAAUCCAAGUGAAUUGGUUUAAGAGAAUAUGUAUACCUCAAAUCCAAUAUACCCAUUUAGUGUUUAUGCAUAUAUAAAGUACAUUUUUAAAUUCAGGGUAUUGUAUUGUGAGAUAUAUAUAUUAUAUACUUUACAUUACAUUGACAUACAAAAAUCCCAGCAUGGGUUCCAUCCUGAAUUCUUUGUCUCCUGUGACUUGAUAAGUCUAAUGUGAAAUUUUGCUCAGAACUCAUUAACUGAGCAAUGGAUCAAAUUAGCUAUUGCCUCUUUGUAUUAUAAAUGUUUUACGAACAGAAUUAACCAGAGAUUUUGUUGUUGUUGUUAUUAUUUUUUUUGUCAGCAAUUAUUACUAACCAUGCUGCUCCCAUUAACCUAAUUGUAUUAAUUUAAUUCUGUCAAAAUAGUAAGUGCUUGUAUCAGUCACUAAUGGCAGGGAAAUAUACCAAGUUUAUAUUUGGGAAAUGAAGCCAGUUUUAAUACAUAUAGGUGGGAUGUUUAACGCACAUCAUGUUUUCAUUUAAAAAAAAAUGUCAUGUCAGCAUUGUUUGAAUUCUGUAUUUAAUGGGAUCACACCGAUAUCAGUGGGAGAUAUCUCUAAAUGUUUGCAAUCAUGGGACGAAUACAUUCCACUUAAAUCUGGCACUUAAUGCUGUUUAAUUCUCCUUUCGUGGCGUUUAAAUCUGUAUUAUCGCUUGAGUAUUUUUUUUGUUUGUUUGUUUUGUUUCCUUUCCCCAAAACUGGACACCUUGCUUUUUGUUAAUUUAUCUGAAUGUUUGUGUUAUCCUUUGGACUUGUAAUUCAUUACAUUGUGAAUAGUAUUGUACUUAUGCGAACAGUGAAUUGUAAUUUGAAAUGCUGCUUCAAAAAAUACAUAGAUUUUUAUUUUAAAUUGUUUUACAGAUGAAUAGAUUGUAAUUUUGUUUGAUG